AUGAGUCAAUUCGAAACCAAUUCACAAUCUUAAAUGCCCUUUUAAGAGAGAAGCAAACUCAACUCGAAUCGUUAAUUAGGGACUACUAACACGUUCAAUGGGUAAAAUCCAAAAAUCUUGGAGUAAAACGAAUCCUUCCCUUAGAGAUCUACACUACCAAAUAACUAUGGGAAUCAAUAAACAAGUUCCUAAUUGUCCCAAUAUCCCCAAUUUAACUACCCAAUUAUGGGCUAAUAAACAUUGAAAGAUCAAGAUUAAUAGGAGCAAAUACAAAAAUUGACCAAAGAAAAUGACACCUUGAAGUAUUAGUGGAGAGCAUUAGAAUAGGAGAAUCAAAAACUGAAGAGCGACAAUAUUCAAUUAAACACAAGAGACAAAUCAAAUAUGAAUGAAAUCCAAGAAUUACAAGAUCAAAUAUUGAUGUUGAAAAACGAAAAUAAAAGAUUAACAAAUACCAUUUAAGAAGAUCAAUAUUUGUUGAUAGAUUUGUAGAAAAUGAGGAAACAAGCAGAUUUUAAUAGGGGACUUGAAAGUUAGAUCAAUGAUUUAGAGUAGCAAUAUGCAAGUGUUAGUAAAUAACUUCAGGAAUAAAAAAGAUAAAAUGCAUUUUAAGAAUCUGAACUUCAAAAUCAAAAAGAAAUACUUGAAAAGUACAAAGCACAAGUUCGAGACUAAACUCUGGGGUAUGAAUAGUAAGUGUAGAAAAAUGAGCAAUUGUUGAGUGAUAAUCGAAAAAUGAAAAUGGCGUUAGAUUCAAUUAACAAAGACUUAAAACAAGAACAAGAGUAAAACUAAGUGUUGAAUCAAAAAUUAACUUAGAUCUCUUCAGGGGCUAAGGAUUAAAUAACUAAUCUCCAAAAGAAUUUGUCUAAUCUUAAUUUUUAAAACGAAUAAUUGAAAAAUCAGGUCACUUAAUUGUAGCAAAAGGAGAAGGAAUUGCAAAUAUCUCAAAAUUAGAAUAUUCAGUAGGAAAAUAAAAUAAGAUAGAUGAAUCAACAAUUAAAAUAGAAAUAAAUUGAAUAGAAUAAUGCAAUUAUUUCAAGCGGAAAAUUGGAAUAUACCAAAUUGGCAACUAAAUGCCAAUCAUAGGAUCAAGAAAUUUGGAAAUUGAAGGAGUAACUUAAUACUAUGACUUAAUAAAAUUCUUUGAUAUCAAAUAAAUGUACUUAGUUGGAAAGGGGAAUGGAAGAUAGUUUGUAGAAAUCCUCUAUGUUGUCAUCAGAUCUAAAAGGAUAAUUGGAAAAAUGGAAAAACUAUGGAACAACACUGGAAUAGGAAGUAAAGAAAAGAGAAACUGCUAUUGUGAAUUUAGAGAAUGACAUAAUGAAGACAGAAGCUCAAUUAAAAUAGGCGUAGGAAAUCCAGACUCAAUUAAAGAACGAAAGAACUGUGUAAAUAGGUAAAUUAAAAGAAAUGCAUGCUGACCUAUUGGUUUAUGAGAAAAAGUGUGAUUAAUUGGAAAGGGACAUUAUGACUCUUUAAUCUCAAAUCAAAGGAUCAUAAUAAAAUUAAGAAAGAUUGGAACAGGAAAAAGCGAUCCUAAAUCAAGAGAUUAAAUAAUUGAUGGAGGAUUUGCGUAGAAUCUAGAACUAAUAUGAUUUAAAAACAAGGGAUUUUGAGUCUUUGCUUUAGAAACAUGAAUAGGAAAGUAGUUUAAGAGAUCGAGAUUUAUAGAGUCUGAGAUCUUAAAAUUCUGCUUUGACUGAGAGGAAUAUGGCUAUGGAACAUGAAUUGACAAGAGAAAGAGAAAAAUAAUUACAAUUAGAUUCUAAGAUAAGGUCUUUAGAGAACGAGAUUCAUAAUCUCAAUUUUUAAUAAACUCUUAAAUAGUAGUACUCCUGGAAUACUGAGCCUUAAUUGAGUUUAGGAAAUCAGAAGCCAAAGUUCACAGAAGUAAGCCAAGGCUAUCAAUCUCCAUAGGCAAAUUAUCAGACACUCAAUUCUCCAGCUUAUAAUUAAUCUGGAAUUCAUGUUCAAUCCAAUUAGAAGCCUACAGAAGUUUCGAAUUCCGGGCUUGAACAUUAACGUAACAAUUCAUCGCAUCAGAUUAAAAGUAAAAAUUACGAUUUGAGAUUCCAAAAUGAACCUUAAAAUUAAUUACAUUGA